AUGCGGUGGAAGGGCUUUAGUUCCCCUCCAGACGACCUCCUGCGACCCAGCAAGCGACAAUCGUUGAAGAUCCUCACCCACUCCCGGCAAACAUGGGCCGCCCUGCUUUCUGUAGCCCGUUCUUCGACGCAUCUGCCGCAAUCAUGCAGCAAUACCAGCAAUCUUCUGCAUCAAACGCCUUCUAUCCCUGACGAACAGAGCGUCGAAGAUGUUGUUGAAGGAACGGUGUUGUUCUUGGAAGGAUAUUCACAGUGGACAAUCAGCUCCUCAGUAAGCUGCGAUCUUACCUCGAAACCCAAAACUUCACCUCGUCAGAGAAUCAACAUCGGUGGUGCCAAUCCGGCCUUCUGCAACAUUUCAGACGAGUUCUUUCCGGAAUGGGUUGGCUUUGAACCAGUUCCGACCUGCGCUUCUCGUGGUAACUAUAUCUUCGCUCUGGUCUUGGGCUGGUCGUAUAUUCUCUCCACGCGUCUUAUUGAAUUGCGCAAGAGGGCGGAGGAAGAUGCAGUCAUCUACACCGAUAAAAGAGCGGCAUGGCAUUGCAAUGGCUCCGCCUUACCCUGCGAAGGUUUUACGAUCCCUAUUGGCAACGUGGAUACGAACGAGCGCCGAUGGUGGGCAGCAAUCCUUGCGGGGGGUUGUGGCUGGCAAGCGACUCUGAACCGCUCUGGUAACGCAUACUGCCCACCGUGGGCGUGCCACUUGAAUCAGAGAGAACGGUUCAAUAUUCGAUACGAAGGAACACCGCACCUAUCACCAGACGUGUCACAUCCACCGUCUUCUACUGAAGCCCAGCAGUAUCUAUGCAAUUUCGCCAAGUUGCACGAUGCCUACGAUCAACUCAUCGCUGCCUUUGUCGCCUCGUUAACCAUACCGAGUCAUCUUAGGUUCGGAGCACCAGUCACACUCCCCAAGCCGAAGCCCAUGACAAGCACCGAAACGCUAGGGUCGAAAUGGAGCAUAUAUACACCAUCGGCAGAUCAGCUCCCUCACCUCAUGGCACUGACAUGUAUCCCUAAUGCGGUCCUAUCAUGUAUGUCUGGCUGUUUUUGGGAGCCAGGCGUGCAUUGCAACGUAGCUGGCGAAUGGCUCCAUCCUAUUUUAACGGAAAUAUUACCACCACUUAUCCGGGAGAAGAAAUACGAGGUCAUUAUCGGAAUCAUGAGCGCUCGCCGGCCAAGCUCAGCGCCGCUAUGGCUAGGGUCAGCGAUAACGGGAAUGCUGCCGAGGAUCCCAUCCAUCCUAUCAAAUUUCAUGCCACCAAGCUGCCUUGAAGCAACCGUAUGGACUGACUGCCGUCAAUCUUUCAUGGACCCAGCAUUCCACGAAGAGCUACCAAUCUCGCACACUGCCCGACUUGAGAACGUCAUUCGUCGUGAGGAUGAGUUCCGCCUCUUAUACCUGACCGAUGUGGAGUCUGAGAGUUAUGGAACGCCGCCGCUCAGCCCCUAUCCGCCUUUUGGCCUUGUCAAACUGGACGAGACCGCUAUUGAAGUCCGAUUGCACGCUUUCUGCGGUCAUCGUCUUGAUUACAGCAACUGGGUUUGGCGAAGACAGAACCGGCCGGACCUGACCGAUUAUGGCAAGGUUCCUCCAUGUGAGCGACUCUCCGAAAUUGCGACUCGAAAUAUAUUCUCCUGGACGUUCUUCUCCGACGGAGUGAGACUAGAUGAAUUACCAAUGUGGGAACAUGAAUGGCUUAGCUUCUUACUGGACCAUGAAUCAGAUGAAGAGAAUGCGUUAGUUACAUCAGGCGAGGUAAUAUAGGUCGAGUGUAGCUUAAAAUAUAAUUACUUAGAAGUAACUAUUAUUAG